AUGUUUUUUCAUGUUAGUUUGGAACACGAAAUUUUACUGCAUCCAAGGUAUUUUGGACCACAGUUAUUGAAAACUGUGCGGCAUAUGUUGUUCAACGAAGUUGAAGGAAAAUGUAUUGGAAAGUAUGGUUAUGUUAUUGCUGUGACAUCAUUAGAUAGUAUUGGAGUCGGAAUGAUUCAACCUGGUCGUGGAUAUGUCACGUUUCCAGUCAAAUAUCGUGCAAUUGUCUUUCGUCCAUUUAAACAUGAAGUUGUAGAGGCGAUAGUAACACAGGUUACAAAAGUUGGAAUAUUUUGUAAGAUUGGACCAUUGACAUGUUUUAUAUCAAGACAUAGCAUUCCUAGAGAUAUGGAAUUUGAUCCUAAUGCAAAUCCACCGUGUUACAAAAAGAAAGAUGAUGACACCGUGAUUCAACCAGACGAUGGGAUACGUGUAAAAAUUGCUGGAAAUCGUGUUGAUGCUCAAGAAUUUUUCGCCGUUGGCACAUUAAUGGACGACUAUCUAGUUUCCUAA